CUCUCUCUAAUCUCUCGGAAGAUAAAAGGCAAAUCAAGAGAGAGAAAAUAAUUUUCUCAUAAUUGUUUACGAGAUGGGAAACUGUGCCAUCAAGCCAAAGGUUCUCAAAGAUUCUGACGAGGAUCUGGUUCCGGUGGAGCGAGAGACGGCGGUUCCGGCUGAUCAUGAUGACAAGGAUCCUGCUGAGAAGAGCGAGAACAUCAUUGCUCCUAACGCUGAGGAGGAAGCUGCCGCUGCUGCACGACGGAGCGAGAAGGGAAAAGAGAUUUUGAUUGAAGAUGACGUUGAUGAUCACCACAAACGCCCUUCUCUUAGUCACUUGUUUCAUGAGGACAAGACAGUAGUGGAAAAAGAAGUAACUGAUCUAACUCCGACAAAACCAGACACCAAUAACAAAACCAGUCCUUCUUCAGAGAUUUCAAAGCUUGAUACUACUGCUUUAGGGGCUUCUAAUGUCAAAGAUUCAAAAGAACCAUUUGACGUUCAGACUCGAAAUGACCUCGAAGUAAAGAUUCCAAAAGAUUCUGAUGUUAAGACUCCUGACACUCCUAAAGCUAAGGAAGCUGAAGAAAACUUUUCAGACAAUUGGGAAGUUAAGUUUCCAGAGGAGUUGGAAGCUAAGAAAACAUCUGAAGCUGUUAAGGUUGCAGAAGAGUCAAAACUUCCAGAAACUUAUGAGGUUUCUGCUCCUGAAUUGUCUGAAAUUAAGAUUACAAAAGGAUCAAAUGUUCCUGAAGUCUUGGUGGAUAAGAAUAUUCCAGAAGUUUCGGAAGUCAAGUCUGAUGAAGUUAAAGUUGCAGAGUCAGAACUUCUAAAGGUUUCUGAAGUUGAAUCUACAGAGGAUUUAGAGAUUAAAGUUCCAAAAGUAUUUGAAGUCAAGACUCCUGAAACAUCGAACGUUAAGGUUACAAAUGAAGCAGAGGUAAAGACUGAUCAACUAUUGGAAGUUGAGGUCACAGAAGAAAAGGAGGUUCCAGAAUUUGUGGAUGCUAAAGAGAAGAUCGAAAUAUCUGAUCAAGACAAAGAGAUUGUGUUGCCUAAAACAGAGGAAGAAGAAAAAGAUGUGUCUUUGGAGAAGCAAGUCAAAGAGUCUACAUUGUCUGAUUUAGGAAACAAAUGAGUUACAAGAGAAACAACAGAGAAAUUACCAAUCAUGAGUAGCUAAAUGAUAU